UAUUUGGGCGAUAAGGAGCGCGUUAUCUUUACGUGAUUACCCGACUUUGGCCGGAAUCCGUCCAGUUUGCUUUUAAAGUCCUUUGUGGUUUUAGUUCCGUCAAUUGGUGGCAUUUUCUUUUGUUUAGUGUUAUACUUUGACUUGGGAAAAUGUAUACAAAAUUUCCAUUUUCGCUAGAAAACAUACCAAGGCAGAAGAGUUUUGGAUGUUUCUCACUCAAAUUCGGGUCUGUGUUGUCAGCCAUCAUUGUAAUUCUGUACUCGUUGUUAUCAAUCGCGCAAUGCAUCGCGGUCGUCUCAGAAAACAGUCAGAAGUUCACCGGUAACGAUGUUUGGGGCCUGGUUGCUCUUGGAAUCGCUAUUGGCAUCAUGUUCACCCAUGCCAUCACUCUGAUCCUAAGCGCCAUCAUGGCGGUGGGGUGCCUUAAAGAGAAAGCCGCUCUCAUCAGGCCGUGGGUUGUAUGGGUGUCCAUACAAAUGAUGGUGGCUAUUCUCUUGUUCGUGUUGUGGAGCACCAUGAACGUCGUCGACCGGUUCCAGGAUACUCCCCUGCUGGUCUACAUGCUUGAAUUUUUAGUAUUAUUGAUCAGAUUCUACAUGUUGAUGUUAGUGGGCAGCUUUUACAAACAGCUGCAAGAAGAAAAGGGAGAGUACGACCGACUGGUGAACAUAAUGAGCAAAGAAAAUUGGUAUACAGCCUAAGGAACAGUCUAUUUAUGAAGUGUUAAUAAGUCAUUGAGAUAUAAUGCUAUAAGUAUUUUUAAUAUAUUUUUUUAUAGAA